AGUAGUGCAAGGCUCACUAUAAUGAAGUUAUCGAUAUCAUCUGACUAAAGUUUGGACUUAAACAUAAUAUCAGAGAUUUCCUCAAGCUUCAUCCAAAGAUAUCAUUUCAGUGUUUAUUUAAAUCGAAUUCCUGAGGGGUUUAGGGGCUAGCUAGUUGGCCGGCUGGUUAACGUUACAGUCUUCUACUGGGCUGUGGCGGACAGUGCCUCGGCUUUGUUUUUUGUUUUUUUUUGGAGAAGAAAGCAGCUAGCCGGCUAGCUAAGGAGCAAGCUAGCUUAGCAAUGCUUACCAUGAUCGAUUGAAACCAGCCCGUUAUCUUUAUUGCCUAUGAAAACGAAACGUUUGUUUUGACAAAAAUGUCAACGCCAUCGGUGGAUAAAGAGCUGCAGGAGCGUUUGCGAGAGGCGUCUGCUAUCGGAGACCUCGAUGAAGUGCGGACUUUAGUGGAGACCGGAGUUAAUGUCAACUCUCAAAAUGAAAUCAACGGCUGGACUUGUCUGCACUGGGCUUGCAAGCGAAACCACAAGCAUAUUGUGGCCUACCUUCUUAACUCUGGUGCAGACAAAGACAUUCUUACUUAUAAAGAUGAGUUAGCGGUGCAGCUAACGUCAAAACCUGAUAUCAGAAGACUACUUGGAAUGGAGGAAGAUGAAGUUCCCGAGGUGAAGGAGCCAGAACUACCAAUUAUUGCCAACUACCUGUCCAGCCCACCCUUCCUGUUUGGCAAGGCCGAGGCAGAUGCCUUGUCCCUGGAGCCUGUCAUCACGCACAACGGUACUGCGGACCACAUGGACGAGCGCCACGGCGAGCAGUCCCCUUCCCCAGUCCCCUUGCCACCUCGCCCUCGGGAGCUGAGCCCGUUUGCUGACGUUCUGCCACAGCGCGAGGGCGCCCGUGCCCCCAUCCCUGUCGCCGAGCAGAAUGGCGUGUUGCCAGGCCCUUGCCACGCUGUCAACGGGACCCUCCCUGCUGACUUGGUGGCUGACCCCCGCCACACCGGCCGCAGUGAGUUUGCCCAUGCAGCGACACAGCAUGGCCCAAUGUGCCCGCCCCUCCCACCCCCUGCUGGAAGUGCCAGCCCCCAGGUGACCAAUGCUGCCAUCGCUCGGCAACAACCUGUUCCCCAGCAGCUGAGCUGCACACAGGCGGGGGGGUCCAUGCCCACCUUCCAGCCCUUCUUUUUCACCAGCACUUUCCCUGUCAACGUACAAGAGCUGGUUCUGAAGGUGCGCAUCCAGAACCCCAAUGCCCGGGAGAAUGACUUCAUUGAGGUGGAGCUUGACCGACGGGAGCUGACGUACCGCUCGCUGCUCAGGGUGUGCUGUCGUGAGUUGGACAUCAGUGCUGACCAUGUGGAGAAGAUCCGCAAGCUGCCCAACACCAUGCUGAGGAAGGACAAAGACGUGGCCAGGCUGCAGGACUUCCAGGAGCUGGAGGUAGUGCUGGAAAAAGCAGAGGGCCUGUCCCUGCUCUCCACAGGGGGCCAGAGCAGCCUGACAGACCGGCCGUGCUACAACAUGAAGGCCUCCCGCCUCACCUACUAAGACGUGACCAGGCUGCAGGCCACCCAUCUGGCAUUAGGGUCAAUUAGCCCCCCCCCCCUCUGAGUAUGCCAUGCUGGUCCUCAGUUUGUUUGUAAUUUAACAGGUUAUUUAGUUUUUCUACCCGACGUACACUUCUUUGUGUCCUGUAGCGGCGUUCGUCGCCUUUCCAGCGGAAGCGUGCACACUUGAUGGCGGGUUUAGCGCCUUUUUUUGCAUCAGUGUUUUUUGGUGCCUCCUCUUCCUGUCUAGCUCUUUUUGCGUGGUGCAGAGCUAGACCUGCCGAGCAGAGGCAGCGGAUGGGCCAUUUUUAGUUUUUGAUCUUUCCCCUCACCUUCUCUUGGCGGAAGAAUGCGUGAUGUGUGGGGAUGCGCUCCCUGUGGUUUUAUGUGCCGGAUUGCGAUUCUGAAGCAGAGAAAAAGAAUUAAUCCUCCAGCUUCCACUCUUACUGAUUGCAGCAUCCCACACUGGAUUUACCUGUCAUGUCUGCGCGUGCUGCUGAGCCUGAUAUUACAGCACAAACAACAAGUCAUUGCAAGACUUUGAUAUGGCAUCAAACGGUCUCUUCCUGUGGGCAUGCAGAAAUCUGUUAUUUUUUUUAUUUCUACCCUCAAACGUUUGGAUAAAAUGCCAUCUUCCGUCUUUCCUUGAGAUAAAGAGCAGAAAUGAGAGGAGGUGUGAUAUCAGUCAAUGCUAGUUUUGACAGAGGUCACAGGCUGACUGAAAACGUUUGCCACGGUGCGGGUAUAUGCCUCAGGAAUAUGCCGAAACUCUGCACACCGGAAAGUUCCGCAAGUCUUUCUGUUCCUUUGUUCCUCAUGCGCCCGCCAUUGAAAUUUGACCAAUUAACCAUGUCACCCUUCCCAUUUAACCAUCUCAUACUGGACACAAAGGCUAAAAAUGAAUUAAUGUAGUUCAUCGACAUGAACAUUCCUUUGAAGAAUAGUCAAUGUUUGCAGAGUCCCUAUUGUCUACAAAUCUCUAUCCUUUGUGUGGUGAAAUCCAUGAAAAAGACUGUGGGUAAAUAUUACACAUAGCCAGACAGGUUCAGACAGGUCAACCCUCAGAAUACACUACUUUGUAAACAGUGGUAUAUUAUUAUGUCUAGGAUUUUUAAUGAUCACAUUCUGAUUUCUGUAACAGAAAUGUGAAUAACAGAAUGAUUUAGCUAUGGAGCUAGCACUUUGAAGACUGCCAGUGUUCUGAAGGAUGGUCAGACAGAAUGUUUUGGCAUAAACC